AAUACUUUAGCUGAGAAGUGAAAGAUCAUGUAUAUUAGAAGUUGAAAGUAGAAAGUUGUUGAUGAUCAAGCUCUACUUAGAUAGCUCUACUAUUGAUGUUUGAAAAACUAACGACCUUAUUCACCACCAAUGAGGAUCAAUUUACCAGAACGCAGAACCAGUUCGUAGAGCAAUGGAACAACGUUGUGGAAUGUCUGUCUUCGCGCACAGCGAUGCUGGCUCCCAACAUUUACGACACAAAAGCGUCAGUUCACAUUGCAGACAUGAUUUACAUGAUUGAACACGACAAGAUUCCAGAUGAUUCUGACUAUGGUCCAUGCGUGGAAUUUAUUCUACAGAACGAAGUGUUAUCAACACUCCAGCUCCAUGCUCAAAAUGACAUCCCGGUCGGUCUGCGAAGAAUCGUCCUCGCCUUCUUCUCCCAGCUGGUUCAGAAACUCCAAAGAUCUGUUAUCCCUCAUCUCCACAUUCACAAACCGCUUCAGAACAUGAUUUGUGUCUGCGGUGGAGGGAAAUACCCGAUUGAUGAAAUCAACUUCCUCACCUCUGUCCUAGGAAAAUUUCACGAAGAUCCCUCUCUUGUGAAUCUGUUCAUGGGUGAGACCCGGUCAAAGAACGGAACAGUGAACUACGAGUUGAGGAUUGUCGAUGCUCUCAUAUCACUAUCACACAGCAAGGAAGAUAGAGUCGUUAAGAAGAGUUGUGAAAGUUUACUAAUGUGUGUAUCUGCUGAUAGCGAGUACAUUAUUGACAGUGUUCUGUCUUACACCAUUCUGGUUCAAGAUCUGGUAUCGAGGCUGUGCCAGAGAUACAACUCAUUCCAAUCCGACCCAGACUUACUGCUGACCACGACCAUAUCAUGGAACACCCAGUUGGAGGCCGUCAUGGCUGGGAGCCUUGAUAAAGCCACUGUCAGACUGCUUCUUUGGUUGGAUUACCUGAACAGUGUAGCAACGUCCUCGCACCCUAAUUUUGUUAACAAGUUGCUACGUCACCUGGCUAAAGUCUUCCUACACACUCACAUACUCAAUGAUUUCAAGUCCUCUCAGCCACUUGACGUUGUCAAAGCCCUGGCCAUGUGCCAGAAAAUGUUGGGUGUUGUGACUUCUGAACUACUAUUGGUUGAGGUACUGAAGUUCCUAACAGAUGACCCAGUAAUAACCACGCUCUGUUCGCUCUUGAACAACGAGGAUACCCGAGUACUGACCAGUGUCCUCACGCUCCUGUGCGAGUUGUUCGAGACCCGACACUCGCUGGUUGUGGAGACACUCGUCCUGCGGUAUACUCGUAAGAAUGUGAGCGUGAGAAGCAAGUUGUUGUUGGAGAGGGAGGAGGAGUACAGACCCAUACUCAUCAGGGCUAACAGCAGUGACAGUGGAGUUGAUGAGAUGUACAGCGACGAGGAGACUAGUUUCAUCCACAUGGACACAUCCAUGGUAAAUCACUUCGAGGCGGACCAACAAUCACCAUCCCUCGCCAGAAAACUACAGGAAUUAGAGAUCUCUGAGAAUACUGUAUCGUCAGAGGGCAGGGAUACUCAGCAGCAUGACUGUGUGACGUCAUUAAACAUUGAUGUGACGUCAUCAAAUGAUAACGUUACGUCAUCACAGAAUGCGACCGUUUCAUUACAUGAACAUGUAACAUCAUCAGAAAACAAUGUGGAUUCAUCAGAAAAUAACACAACGUCGUUAGAAAAUAACGCAAAUCUAUCUGAACAUAAUGUGAUGUCAUCAGAAAAUAACGUGAAUCUAUCUGAAAAUAAUGUGACGUCAUCAGAAAAUAACGCAAAUUUAUCUGAAAAUAACGCAAAUCUAUCAGAAACUAACGCGGUAUCAACAGAAAAUAAUGUGACGUCAUCAGAAAACUGUUCCACAUCAUCAGUUCCUCAGGAAGCAGAAACAUCGUCUCAGGACGGGUUUGUAAUUGAUGCAACAUCGUCAGCUGGAGGUUCAAUACCGUCUGAACAGUCCAACUGUAAAUCAGUCUCAACUGAUAGUGUUAUGGGGGAAUUAGAUUCUAGCUCCUCGACAUCAUUAUCAAUUAGUGAAAUUAACUACGAGCCUUUAGACUCCGGGAACCCUGAAACAUAUGGUAAAAGUUGCGAAGAAAAUUCAGUGGCCGAUAAAGUUACCAGCGAUAGUCCAGAAUCAAUUGUAAUAUCUGAGACUCCCCAAGAGGAACCAAACUUUCCAGAAAACAUUAAACCGAUAAAUCCUGCCAAGGAAGCUUUGAAGAGUUCAUCUAUAACUCUGGAGCACAACCGUGUUGGAUCACCUAACCACUUCAAGACAGUUAUUGUUUCUCAUGACCAAGCAGAAGACAGCAGAAAGGGAGAUAAGAAUGGAAAGAUUACACUAAAACUAGAGGCAUCAGUAGCAAAAUUUGUGGAACUAAUGCCAGUUCUGGAUCAACCCAAAAUGGCGGGAUUUAACGAGUAUCUUUAUGAUGCUCAUCUCAAGGCUGAAGAGGUUAUGUAUGCAUACAGCUGGAUCCCCGCCCAUUACAGCUCAAUUGAGGAUGACGACCUAAUCUCAGAUAUUGGAGUUUUCCUGGAGAAAGUUUUCUCCAUGGUUCAGAGCAUACCUUAUCAGAGUUACAUGGUGAACAUGUUGCUGAUGUCGUUGGUUUCAGAGAUAGUUCACAUACCUCACGACAGCGUUACCUUGUUGCUCCUUGACACUUCUCUUCCAUCUCCCCCUUUGUACAACGCUUUACUUGACAUCUCGCGGGAGUUCCGUGAUAUUUUCGAGGCUAGCCCCACUCUAAAAGAUCUUCUCCGGACGGAACUGGACUAUGAGAUGCCAGAUGUUUGUAGAGCUGCAUUCCUUACAGAGGAAUUCUGUAAGGAACUAGCUGCUACAGCUCUUGUUAAGUCCACCACGUGACAGAUGCACAUUGCACGUGACAGAUGCACGUGACAAACCUACAACAUGAUAGUUUAUCUAAACUGACAGAGUAAUAAUGAAGUUUUUAU